CGCGGGCUGGGCAGGGUGGAGGUGGGGAGGAAGAGCUGCCGGAAGUAGGCUGCGGAGGUGGUGGUGGAGCUGGUGGCAGCUGCCAGGGAAACCGGGGCGCGGGACACACGGCCAGCAGACAGGCCGGCCGGAGGGUCAUUUCUGCGUCAGGCACCCAGGAGGCCCGAGGUCUUCCUUUGCCUCGGCUGAGGGUCCCUGGCCCUGCAGCCUCUCCUGGACGCGGGCCUGUCCCGAAGCCCGCCAGGGGGCGCCGCUCAGAGGGGCUGCGGAGUGGGGGGCCGGACGCCGCCGACCCGGGAAGGGGCGCCCGGCCACGCCGGAGAAGGCUCUUCCCGCUCAGGAGGUACCCCUGGGCAGGGCACUGGGAGUCCUCACCCCCGGACUGAGGCAGGGGUCUCUGGGGGCGAGGAGGGCGCGUCGCCCUCUGCCCCCGCCGGCACCCUGGCCAUGACAGGCAAGUCGGUGAAGGACGUGGAUCGGUACCAGGCUGUCCUGGCCAACCUGCUGCUGGAGGAGGAUAAUAAGUUUUGUGCGGACUGCCAGUCUAAAGGGCCACGAUGGGCCUCCUGGAACAUUGGUGUGUUCAUCUGCAUUCGAUGUGCUGGAAUCCACAGGAAUCUGGGGGUGCACAUAUCCAGGGUAAAAUCAGUUAACCUCGACCAGUGGACUCAAGAACAGAUUCAGUGCAUGCAAGAGAUGGGAAAUGGAAAGGCAAACCGACUUUAUGAAGCCUAUCUUCCUGAGACCUUUCGGCGGCCCCAGAUAGACCCAGCUGUUGAAGGAUUUAUUCGAGAUAAAUAUGAGAAGAAGAAGUACAUGGACCGAAGUCUGGACAUCAACGCCUUUAGGAAAGAAAAAGAUGACAAGUGGAAAAGAGGGAGUGAACCAGUUCCAGAAAAAAAAUUGGAACCUGUUGUUUUUGAGAAGGUGAAAAUGCCACAGAAAAAAGAAGACCCACAGCUACCUCGGAAAAGCUCCCCGAAAUCCACAGCACCUGUCAUGGAUUUGUUGGGCCUUGAUGCUCCUGUGGCCUGCUCCAUUGCAAAUAGUAAGACCAGCAAUACUCUAGAGAAGGAUUUAGAUCUGUUGGCCUCUGUUCCCUCCCCCUCUUCAGGUUCCAGAAAGGUUGUAGGUUCCAUGCCAACUGCAGGGAGUGCUGGCUCUGUUCCUGAAAACCUGAACCUGUUUCCAGAGCCAGGGAGCAAAUCAGAAGAAAUAGGCAAGAAACAGCUCUCUAAAGACUCCAUUCUUUCACUGUAUGGAUCCCAGACGCCUCAGAUGCCUACUCAAGCAAUGUUCAUGGCCCCUGCUCAGAUGGCAUAUCCCACAGCUUACCCCAGCUUUCCAGGGGUUACACCUCCUAACAGCAUAAUGGGGAGCAUGAUGCCCCCACCAGUAGGCAUGGUAGCUCAGCCAGGAGCUUCUGGGAUGGUUGCCCCCAUGGCCAUGCCUGCAGGAUAUAUGGGUGGCAUGCAGGCAUCAAUGAUGGGUGUGCCAAAUGGGAUGAUGACCACCCAGCAGGCUGGCUACAUGGCAGGCAUGGCAGCUAUGCCCCAGACUGUGUAUGGGGUCCAGCCAGCUCAGCAACUGCAGUGGAACCUUACUCAGAUGACCCAGCAGAUGGCUGGGAUGAACUUCUAUGGAGCCAACGGCAUGAUGAACUAUGGACAGUCAAUGAGUGGCGGAAAUGGACAGGCAGCAAAUCAGACUCUGAGUCCUCAGAUGUGGAAAUAAAAACAAACACCUGUAUGGCUGCCAGGCUGCCAUUCUCUUCAGCCCUCGCUCUCUCCUUUCCACAGCCUCCACCCCUGACCCCCAUCCUCUUUUCCUACCUCUCUCUUUGGUUUAGAAAUUGCUCAAUAAGUCAUUUGGGGUGUGGCGGUCUGCCCAGCCACUUCCCAAACAUGAAGACCUCUCUGUUGCUUUAUGUCGUACAUGCCCCAUAGCCAUCCCCUCGUCCUCCCCAGUCCUCUCCUGGCACCAGCAUCUUAGAAGUUGUUGGCAGAAGGCACUUAAACUGUGGGAGAAAUGUGCAUACCUUUGAGUACCUUCCCUCAAGGUUAAAGCUCCUAUCAGACUCUCAGAAGGGUCUGUAGGUGUUGUGUAUUAGCCAAAGAGGGGAAAGCUUAGAGGUGCUUCUAUAUGUGUUAAUAAGCUGUUUCUAAGUUUUUAAAUUUGAAGAGGAGACAUCAUGUUCUCAUGAUUUAUGGGAAUGAAGCAAGUACCGAAAUCAUAUUAAAUACUCCCUGGGUCCUGGGUCAGUUUGACCCUAGCCUUGGGGUGAGGCAAGCCCCCUCCUGUGAGGAUGAGCAAAAAUAUUACUCUCUUCGCCCUGAGUUGCUUUCCGGAUCUGGGCCUUCAGGACUUGCUGCUUCAGUCAGCCUUUAUUAGCACCAAAGACUUUGUGAGGAUCCCACACACACACACACACACACAUAUCCCUUCCCGCCUCCCACCUACCUUCAGUAGGAUCUGGCUCUGUGGCUGGAAGACCAAGCCUAUUGUGGGAAUGCAGAGCUUAACGUGUACUGCUUGUGUGUGCGUGUGUGUGUUUGUGUGCGUGUAUGAGUGUGUGUUCCGCCUCCCACCCUCUCCCCAUCUGCUGUGGGUAUUUUUGUUUUUGUUUAGUUUUAGGUUUACAACAGAGAGGAGUUAAUUUAUCAGCAGCCUAAAACUGUUGUGUUUUUCUUAUGGUUUAAAAAAAAAAAUGCCAUGUCAUUGAGAACUCCCUUUCUCCUUUCCCUUCUCCCAGUCUGCAGAUCACCCUCUCAUGCCUGUGUAUCCAGGGUGCUUCUGUCUCCCCACCUUUCCCAGGCGUAUGGGGCAGCGGGCCGGAACAGCGUUCCCCUCAGUCAUUGUUCACCCCACUUGAAAAUUCAGACAAGAAAACUUUGCUUACAAGAUUUCAUGUGUGGGAACCGCAGUUCCUGGCUGCCUUUCUCCUGUGUAUGUGUAAAUUCCUUAAUAAAUAUUGCAGGGAAGGAC